AUGGAGAGAGCCUAUCAAGGAUACACUGUCAAAGUGUGUGACUUUGGUUUGGCUCGAACACGAAAUGAAACGAUACGUCAAACAAAAUCUAAUCAUACACAUGCUUAUACACUGCCAUGGACUGCUCCUGAAAUACUUCGCUUGGAAGAAUAUUUAGAUAAAAGCGAUAUUUAUAGUUUAGGAAUCAUUUUUUGGGAACUGGCAAGCAGAAAAAUACCUUAUUAUGAUCGUCAAGAUGAUGUCAUUCGUGCAUUCGUACUUGCUGGUGAUCGCUUGAAGAUACCCAAAAGUGCUCCAUCGAGGUUUUGCGAUGUUAUUACAAAAUGUUGGGCACAACAGCCGAAUGAUCGGCCCAACAGUUCUGAUUUGAUCGAAAUGAUUGAAAGAUGUAUUCAGGCUCAAGUACCACUACGUGCGAGUUCCAUUGAUAUCCAUCCGAAUGCAAAAUGGGCACAGAAUGGUAUCACUGUUGCUGGAGGAAAUGGCGAUGGCAGUGAAACCAAUCAACUCAACACUCCAUUGGGUUUGUACGUCGAAGAUGAUCAAACGAUUUAUGUCGCUGAUUGGUUGAAUCAUCGUAUUGUGGAAUGGAAAUCUGGUGCAACGAAUGGAAAAGUAGUUGCUGGUGGAAAUGGAGCUCAUCAGUUAAACCUCCCAGAACAUUUGAUCAUCGACAAAGGUAGCGAUAGUCUCAUCAUCAGCGAUUACGGGAAUAGAAGAGUAGUUCGAUGGCCUCGUCGAAAUGGUACUCGUGGGGAAACAAUUAUUUCAAAUAUCUCUUGCGCGGGUUUGACAAUGGAUGACAAUGGUUAUCUCUAUGUCGUUGACGAAGGAAAACAUGAAGUGAGACGAUAUAAAAUUGGUGACACUAAAGGAACAGUAGUUGCAGGUGGCAAUGGACAAGGAAAUCGUCUCGAUCAACUCUCUGAACCCCGCUACGUAUUUAUCGAUCGAGAUCAUUCAGUUUAUGUGUCUGAUAAUGAAAAUCAUCGUGUAAUGAAAUGGAAAGAACAUGCAAAACAAGGCAUUGUCGUAGCCGGUGGCCAAGGACAAGGAAAUAGUCUUACACAAUUGCAUGAACCUGAAGGAGUCAUUGUCGAUCAAUUGGGUACUGUCUAUGUGGCUGAUUCUAGGAAUCAUCGCAUCAUGCGUUGGCCAAAAGGAUCCACACAAGGAAAUGUCAUUGUUGGUAGAAACGGUUAUGGAGCACAGUCGAAUCAACUCGCUUCUCCCAUGGGUUUAUCAUUCGAUCGACAUGGCAAUCUGUAUGUCGCCGAUUACUAUAAUAAUCGAGUACAAAAAUUUAAUAUCGAAUGAAAUUCAAUGCGAUGAUGAAGUAUUUUUUUGUUUGUUCUCUUUCUCUUUCAAAUAAAUCGUGAUUGAAUGAAAAAAUGAUUUCAUAGCUAUUCUAUUCUCUUCGCGUGCGCGCGACCAGGAACCAUCCUUGUGGAGCCGUGGCGAGCGUAAAGCUCAUGCACUCGCGGGAAGACUCACAUCAUCCACAUGCACCCAUCCGAUGUCAUAUGUCAGUGAGUCUAGGGGCCCGAUCGUGUGCCACGGACACCAAGACAGUUCCUGGCCAGGCUUUUAGGGACUACCCGGAAGUCCUUCUUAUAAAGCGAAACCUUAAUCUCAACGUACCUCACUCACCCUAACUAUUCUCAUCUCAACGAAGAAAAGAAAAAGAAAAAAAAAUUAACUCACCCGUUGAUGUUGAAUGAUGACGUCUUUAACAGGAAAAGAAAAACAUGAAUAUAAAAGAUCACAAGAGGACUUACCACCCUCUGUAUGAUCCAAUAAAGAAAAAAAAGAAAAACUGAUACCUACAUUUUUUUAUUGUGUUGUAUUGAUUUCAAUUGUAUAAUUUUGUAUCGUCGAAAUCAUUCUAAAAUAUAAAUAGAAAAGAUUAAUAUUUGAUCCAAUAAAUUGAAUGAUUUUACAACAGGCCUCGCAACGAAAUCGCUACAAUCAACGCUAAUUCCUGAUUUCCUGAUUUUUCUUCGUUGACCGUGGCGAUACGUUGCGAGGCCUGUUUUACAUAGAAAAUCAUUCAUAUUUAUAUGUUAAAAAUCGAUAAUUUUCUUUUAUUUUUCUCGUCAGAGAGUGAUGAAAAGAUGAUAGUAAUUAAGCUAUCAUUUACAUACACAUGCAUUGAGAUAAAUUCAAUCAUAAAUACAUUAUGAGAGAGGUUGAAAAGUCGACUUUUUUUGCGCCAGACCGAUCGAGCUGAAAUUUUAGGAUAUGAAUUAUGACUAAUACUUACACAUAUUGUGAAAUUUUCAUCUUUAUACAUAUAAUGGAUGCAAAGAUAUCAUUUUUUGUAAUUAGGUAAAAUUGAGUACCGUUUAUUUCCAUCGAACAUAGCGCUCCUCGACUAAAGCAAUUUUUUUCAGAAAAGAAGAUAAUGUCUAGUAUAAUUAGUAAUUAUUUAUAACUUUUUGAGAAUAUUUAUCGACUUUAUUUGUUUUUUAAGUGAAUUUUGGAAUCUAUGCUCCUCUUUCGUCGCUUGGUUACGAACAAAAAAAUCAUGUUAGAUGGCAACUCUAAAACAUCUAUCGCUGAACUAUAGAGAUCAAACAUGCCGAUGUUAUGUUUCCUUUUCUUU